AUGCCUUUGACUGACAUCGAACGUGAGGUUUUGGGGGCUGCUUGGUCCAAGAGCGUGUUCACGAACGUCGCAGUAACGCUCCCCACCGCCGGAAUCCACAUAUUCAUGUCUCUCUACGUCCUCUCGAUUCACAUCGAGUCACCCAGAGACGUACGCAAGCGACGAAGACCGUACAUCCUCAUCUCGUUCAUUCUAGCCACCCUCGUUACCCUGAUUGCGGCCCUCGAGGCGUACCAAAUCUACGAUGCUUUGGCUACGGCGCAGAAGUUGGGUGUUGUUGAGUUUGGCGACCUGUGGCCUGGGGGUCUGCGACAUCCUGGACUUGAGCGAUGGCAGGCGGUUCUGAGAGGCGUUUGCUUGCUUGUUGGGGUUGUCGUCGGGGACGCGCUUUUGUUGUAUCGAUGUUAUGUUGUCUAUUAUGACAGGAGGUGGCUCUGCGUAUUCCCUGCUCUCACGUACCUCGCAUCCAUCGUAUUCGGGAUCCUAACAACCCAAUCCACCCUCCGCCCUCAAUCGAACUCGCCAAACCUCAUCAACGCCUAUCGCGCCGCGUGGCUUUUCACGACCGUCGGAGUCAACGUCCUUGUCACCUCCUUCGUCAGCUUCCGACUUGUAAGGCUUGAGAGGCGAAUUAGAGCGGAGUUCUCUCCUGGGGGGUUUAGCAUUAGAACAUCGAUCUACAGCGCGGCCUCGAAUUUGCUUAUCGAAGCUGCUGUGCCUGCAGCGUUGUUUGGGGUGAUUUUGGCGGUGAUUUAUAUACUGAUUCUUGUGGAGCCACACCCGACGGCGAGGAAUGCGCACCUUGGGACGCUGGUUGUCCUUGCGGCUUCGCAGGAAGCUGCGACGGCGCUGUAUCGUGGGUUCAUGUUCCUCUCGCCUCAGAUGAUCGUUUUCAGGGUUAUGACGGGCCGGUCUUGGGCACGGCUGGAGGAUACGCUGGUGACGGUAUUAUCUGCGACUACAACCGGUUCGGAGGUCACCUUCAACUUCAAUGCUCGGAGGAAGGCAAGUGACGAGGUGGACAGGUUCGAUUCGAGGGAAGGGCCAGCACCUAUAGAGAGGGGGGAGUCGGAUGGGAGAUCUGUAACCGAUCGGGGGAAUCGUGACGUCUGA